ACUCGAUGAGGACGAGAGAGAAAAGCUGAAGGAGCUCACGGAGGAGAAGAAGAGACUGGAGGAGAGCAAGCAGAGGUGGAGUGACCAGGUAAUGGUAUUGCAAGAGAGAUUGACCACUCAGACAGAUCGUCCUGAAAUUAUUUUAUCAUUCGAGGAUGUUAUGAAGACGAUUACAUCAAACUUCAAACACUUAAAGCGAUCCAGUAAAAUUGCAACAGAGGACAUUCCGUUGCAAGGCCGCGACUUCGCUAAUGAUUUAAAAAUAAUUAAAAAAAACGUUACUAAUUCUGAAUGGAAAUCGGGCACUGUGGCGAAGACUGACUACAGAAUUCUUGUGGCUGGGGGGACUGCAGGAAUAGGAAAAACCCGUUAUGGCAGAGAGUUGUUCAAGAAGUUAGAGCAAGAUGUAAACCUUCAAGAAAGCAUUGAAAAACCAAUUUCUUUUGUAUAUUUAUUACUUGACUUCAGCAAUGGUUUGAAGUUGAACGAAGACGACAGCGAACUGUCGAUACAGAUACUUGUUGGUUUGCGGAUAGCGUACGCCUUCUUCAUCUGGAACAAUUAUGAUGUGGAGUUUACCAUAUUCCGACAGACUGUACGACUGCUCAAGCUGACGAGUCGCUUCAAUAGCAGUACCGUAAUUGCCGGAAUUCACAAGCAUCUAAAUCUCAGCGUCGACCGCCUUCUCUUUUUGUUCUUACACAUUGAUGAAUUUCAGACCAUUUUCGAAUUUAGUGGCUGGAAGGCUGACAUGAGGAAAGAUAAAAACGGUAAACCCAAAGGUAUAUUCAAGGCAAUGUUAUACGAAGUUGCACAGUUUAUGGUUGGAUCCAACAUUUACUUCGUUCAGCCGUUCCUCUCGGGAACCGCUCCACAAGAGGUAAUUCGGCAAAAAGAACCUACCAUGUACUCUUUCGAAUUUGUCGAUUGUUCUCUGUUGAAUAUGCAGGCACGAAUCAAUAUAAUGAACCAUUUUGCGACCAAAAGUGGCUUUUCUGAGAAGACAUGGAACCUGCAAGAACGGAUGUAUUUUCUGUUAUGUGAUACGGGUGGACUUCCACGAGCGAUCCAGUGUUUGUUGGAAUGUUGCUUUGGGAAGAAAUAUGAAAGAACAGAUGUUUUUUUUGAGAAUAUCAGUUCGUUGGAUUACAGUGACAUUUAUAAUGACGUAGCAAGAGGCCUUGACACUAUGUACGGAAUCAAACAAUGGGUUUUUGAAAACAAAGAACUUGUUGAAGUCAUCAUAGACCGAUGUCUUGCAAUAAUUCCAUCAAGGCGGCCGGACUUGCUCUCGCCCAACCGCUCUGAUACUCUGGAAUCUUUAGAACGUGAUCAACAUUUGGUUCUGACAGAUUACUCUAUUGACGGUCGUGUCCUGAUUACAGUACCGCCUAUUUUCAUUAAUAUUUAUAUCCGAGCCCUCUCCCCGCCCACAAGCACAUUGAAAAUGUCAUUCUUGCCAGGAUGGGCAAUGGAAUGGAAAGGUUUUGAAAUAUUCGUUGCGGAAUAUGUGGCAUUCCGCAUUAGUGCUCUCUUUCGCUUGGGGCAUAAAACGGUGGCCCUCAAAAACAUUUUUCGGGGUGCUUAUGGUUCUUCGACGUUAUUAAAUAAGAAAGUUGAACUCCGCAAUACCACCGUUAAGCAACUCCGCAAUAAGUUUCCUAUGACUGCAUCUGCUACUGAUAAGCAAUUUGAAAACGUAGACAUCAAGUCGGGAAUGAUUGUAAAUGGGGAUAAGGCAUCAUUUGCUGACUCUUUUAUAGUUUUCGAGAAGUCGAAACUAAUAGUAGGCAUCCAAAAUAAACUGCGGAAGGGCUCCUUUGAGGUAUCCGAUAUGCAGAAGGAGCAUGACAAAAAUGUGACCGCAAUCAAGGAAGCACCACCUGAGUUUGACAUUAACGAUUAUACUGUUAUUACGGUAUUCAUAUUGUCUGCCAAUUUCAAGGGAGAUAUUGCUGGCUACUGUAAAAAGCCUCUACAAGACUGCCUUAUGAUAUGUCGGCAUAACUUUGAAGACUUUUUUGGGCAUGUCUUCAGCUGCCGCAUUGCUUUGCAAAUUGCUAGAGAACGUAAUCCAAAUUUUACCCCUCCAGACCAUUGGUUAACAGUUUCAACGAAAAUACCAGAUUCUAUUGUAAAUCAAGUGUCCAAAAAAAGGCCUUUCUAUUCUCCUCAAGAUUUGUACGAUCUCGACCCAUGGUUUAAAACCUACGAAAAAGAUAUUAAUGAUAUGUCGUACACAUUGUAUACUGAGGUCACUGACGUUGCGAAAGCGAAGAAGCGUCGACUUGAAUAUUAUUUUUACAGUUAUGAUGAUUAUUACGAUUAA